GCCGCCGUCUGUCGACUCUGUCGGCUUAAAUGUCAGUUUACCUCCGACGCUCGCGUGAGUUUCGUGUCGCGCGCCAAAACACCGGCCGUAAUACGAUUCAAACUUUUUUAAUUAAACUAAUUUAAACCCGAAUUUGAAACAUAUCGAGAACAGUACUGUUUUUUUAAUAUAUUUAUUUGCAUUUCUAUAAAGUGUAGUACAUAAAUUUGAGCUUUUUGUUUCGAUCGAUGAUUGAUUAAUGUGAUAAAAAUAUCGAUAAGCACAUGUUUUUCGGCAGGCUAAAGUGAAUACACAGGUUAUAUUGCUUUCGUGCAGUGAUGCAUCUCGGAUUUUUUGUUUUAUUUUCGAAGAUAUAAUCGUGUGUUCAUCUGAGGCUCAUUAGGCCAGUUUCCGUACAAGGCGUGAUGGAGCACUCCCUGCAGCAUCGCGAGCGGGUCGGAGUCCAAGACUUCGUUUUGCUGGAGGACUACCGAUCCGAAGCGGCCUUCAUUGACAAUUUGAAGAAACGUUUCCAUGAAAACAUUAUUUAUACUUACAUCGGUAAUGUACUGAUCUCGGUGAAUCCGUACAAGAAUCUACCGAUUUACACUGAAGAGAAAACCAAACUUUACUUCAAGAAAGCAUUCUUUGAGGCACCGCCGCACGUUUUCGCGAUCGCCGACAACGCUUAUCGGUCUUUGGUUUACGAGCACAGAGAGCAAUGUAUUUUGAUCUCAGGCGAAUCCGGCUCGGGCAAAACGGAAGCGUCGAAGAAAGUUCUGGAAUACAUAGCCGCCAGAACGAACCACCUCCGGAACGUGGAAAACGUGAAAGAUAAGCUGUUACAAAGCAACCCGCUGCUCGAAGCGUUCGGUAACGCGAAGACGCACCGCAACGACAAUUCCAGUCGCUUCGGCAAAUACAUGGACAUCCAGUUCAACUACGAAGGCGGGCCCGAAGGUGGUCACAUCCUGAACUAUCUGCUGGAAAAGUCCAGGGUCGUCAGUCAGAUGCAUGGCGAGAGGAACUUCCACAUAUUCUAUCAGCUACUAGCUAGCAGCGAUCAGUCACUGAUGACUCAUUUGAAGCUUCAAGGAAGACCUGAAGCUUAUAAGUACACUUCCGAUUCGACCUCGCACAUGAGUCAGAGAGCCAACGACCAGGAACAAUUCCGUGUCGUACAAGAGGCCAUGAAGGUCAUAGAAAUCGGCGAGAGUGAACAGCGGGAGAUCUUUGAGAUCGUGGCCAGCGUCCUGCAUCUCGGCAACGUGAAGUUCGUCCAGAAUGACAAGGGCUACGCCGAGAUCCUGUCCCACGACGCCAACAGUGGGAAUGCUGCUGAUCUCCUAAAAGUGAACGCGACGGCAUUACGCGAGGCCCUCACCAAUAGGACGAUAGAGGCCCGCGGCGACGUCGUCAGCACACCCCUGGACGUGGAACAGGCUCAAUACGCUAGAGACGCUCUGGCUAAAGCUAUAUACGACAAGCACUUCAGCUGGCUGGUCUCCAGGCUAAACUCGUCGCUUGCGCCCAUCGAGAAGGACGCUAAAUCUUCUGUUAUAGGAAUCUUGGAUAUAUACGGCUUCGAGAUAUUCCCUAAGAACAGCUUCGAGCAGUUCUGCAUAAACUUCUGCAACGAGAAGCUGCAGCAGCUGUUCAUCCAGCUCACGCUGCGGCAGGAGCAGGAGGAGUACCUGCGGGAAGGCAUCGAGUGGGAGCCGGUCGAGUACUUCAACAACAUCAUCAUUUGCGACCUUAUCGAAGCCAGGCAUAAGGGUAUAAUAUCAAUACUGGACGACGAGUGCCUUCGUCCCGGGGACGCGACAGACGCGAGUUUCCUCGACAAGCUGAACCAGCAUCUGGACGGCCACCAGCACUACAAGUCCCACCGCAAAUCCGACACCAAGACCCAGAAGCUGAUGGGCCGUGAUGAGUUCUGCCUGGUCCACUACGCCGGCGAAGUGACUUACAACGUGAACACCUUCUUGGAGAAGAACAACGAUCUCCUCUUCCGCGACAUCCAGAGCCUGAUGGCGUCCAGCGACAACACCAUCGUCGGCUGCUGCUUCAAGGACUACAACUUGAGGAGCAAGAAACGUCCGGAGACCGCCAUCACUCAGUUCAAGAAUUCUCUGAACGACCUCAUCAAGAUCCUCAGCAGCAAGGAGCCCUCGUACAUCCGCUGCAUCAAGCCCAACGACUUCAAGGCGCCGAUGCAAUUCGACGACAAGCUGGUCUCGCACCAGGUGAAGUAUCUCGGUCUGAUGGAGAACCUCAGGGUGCGGCGCGCCGGCUUCGCUUACAGGAGGACUUACGAAGCGUUCUUGGAAAGGUACAAGUGCCUGAGCGCGGAGACGUGGCCCAACUACCGCGGCGCGGCGCGGGACGGCGUGCAGCGGCUGGUGGAGGCCCUCCAGUACGAGAAAGAGGAAUACAGGAUGGGGAAUACAAAAAUCUUCGUUCGAUUCCCGAAGACGCUCUUCGCAACGGAAGACGCCUUCCAGAUAAAGAAGAACGACAUAGCCACCAUCAUCCAGAGCAGGUGGCGAGGGUACUACCUCAGGCAGAGGUACCUCCGGAUGCGGAACGCGGCCAUCGUCAUCCAGAAGUGGGUGAGGAGGUUCCUGGCCCAAAGACUCAGGGAGAGGAGGAGGAAAGCCGCUGACGUCAUCAGAGCUUUUAUUAAAGGCUUCAUCACUCGCAACGGUCCGGAGACGCCAGAAAACCGGCGCUUCCUCGGCGUCGCCAAGGUGCACUGGCUGAAGCGUCUCUCGGCGCAGCUCCCAACCAAGCUGCUGGACCUGUCGUGGCCGCCGUGCCCCUCCACCUGCCGAGAGGCCUCCGAGGAGCUCCGUCGCCUGCACCGGGCCCACCUCGCCAGGAAGUACCGGCUGGCCUUGUCUCCUGACGAUAAGAAGCAGUUUGAGCUGAAGGUCUUGGCCGAAAAAAUAUUUAAGGGUAAAAAGAACAGCUACCUCAGCAGCGUCGGGGAGAGGUUCGUGAACGACCGCAUGAGUCCCGAGCACAGGACCUUGAGGGACACCUUCAUGGCGUCGCCGGCCUGGCCCAGCGGCGAGGAACUCAUCUACUCGUGCGAGGCGGUGAAGUACGACCGGCGCGGCUACAAGGCCCGCGCGCGCGGCCUGCUGGCGUCCCGCGCGGCGUUGUACGUGCUGGACGCGGGCGGGCGCCGCACGUUCCGGCUCAAGCACCGGCUGCCGCUGGACCGCCUCACCGUCGUCGUCACCAACGAGUCUGACUCGCUGCUGCUGGUCAAGGUGCCGCGCGACCUCAAGAAGGACAAGGGAGAUCUCAUCAUAUCCGUGACGCAUCUCAUCGAGGCCCUGACCAUCGUGACGGACUACACCAAGAAGCCGGAGCUCAUUGAGAUAGUCGACACCAGGACCAUCGCGCACUCCCUGGUCAACGGCAAGCAGGGCGGGACCAUCGAGGUGACGAAGGGCACCCAGCCAGCCAUACAGCGCGCCAAGAGCGGGAACCUGCUCGUGGUUGCGACUCCUUAGAAGACAGCAUAGCAAUCGACAACUCUUCGAUAUGAUCAAAACAACGAAAAUAAAUACAAUUUUAUAACGUGAAAAUAAUAUUAUCAUUUAAUUAUUAAUUUAAAUAUUGCGAUUCAAUUAUUUAUGUAUAAAGAUAUCCUUUGAAUUUUAAUGCA